CAUAGAGUUUUUUCCUCCUUAACUUCCUGGUUCAAUUGCCAUUGGCCCAGGUGUGCAACCUAAAAAGAAAAACAUGCAAAUGAAGGGAGACGUUUUCAUCGCUCAGAUCCGGCUUCGAUUCGCAGCGCCGCCCGGUUAUCUAACUUUCUCUCUCUCUUGUUUUCCCUUAGCUAGCCUAGUAGUUUGUUUUGCUAAUUUAAGCUUGGAAUUAUCAGGAAGCGGUCCGGGCUGCGGGUGCGUUGUGCACGAAGUUAAAGAUGUCGGAAAUGUCAAGUUUUCUGCACAUAGGGGAUAUCGUGUCCUUGUAUGCAGAGGGCUCUGUAAACGGGUUCAUCAGCACUCUGGGCCUGGUAGAUGACAGAUGUGUGGUGGAGCCGGCUGCUGGCGACCUUGAUAACCCUCCCAAAAAGUUCCGGGACUGCCUGUUCAAGGUGUGUCCUAUGAGCCGAUACUCCGCACAGAAGCAGUUCUGGAAAGCCAAGCAAGCCAAACAUGACAAGGAUAAGAUUGCUGACAUGGUGCUCCUGCAGAAAUUACAGCACGCAGCCACGCUGGAGCAGAAGCAGAACGAAACUGAGAAUAAGAAAGUCCACGGAGAGGUGGUCAAGUACGCCAGUGUUGUACAGCUCCUGCACAUGAAGAGUAACAAGUACCUGACAGUGAACAAGCGCCUGCCAGCCCUGCUGGAGAAGAACGCCAUGAGGGUGACUCUGGAUGCCACGGGCAACGAGGGCUCCUGGCUCUUCAUCCAGCCCUUCUGGAAGCUCCGCAGCAACGGGGACAACGUGGUCGUGGGAGACAAAGUCAUCUUAAACCCGCUGAACGCAGGGCAGCCGCUUCACGCCAGCAACUAUGAGCUCCCAGACCACCCGGGAUCCAAAGAGGUGAACUCUGUGAACUGCAACACGAGCUGGAAAAUCAACCUCUUCAUGAUGUUCAGUGAUCACAGGGAGGAGCUCCUGAAGGGGGGCGACGUGGUCCGGCUCUUCCAUGCUGAGCAGGAGAAGUUCCUGACCUGCGACGAGUACAAAGCCAAGCUGCACGUCUUCCUGCGGACCACGCUGCGGCAGUCUGCCACUUCCGCUACCAGCUCCAACGCACUGUGGGAGGUGGAGGUUGUGCACCAUGACCCCUGCAGGGGAGGCGCUGGCCACUGGAACAGCCUCUACAGGUUCAAACACCUGGCGACCGGACACUACAUGGCAGCAGCGGAAAACCCCAGUUACAAAGGAGACGGUGUGGAAGCAAAGUCCACGACUGACAGCUCCCGCAGCAGCAAGAGAAACACGGGCGAGAACAUCAAGUACAGGCUGGUGGCUGUGUCCCACGGGAAUGACAUCGCGUCGCUCUUCGAACUGGACCCCACCACGCUGCAGAAAACAGACUCCUUCGUGCCCAGGAACUCCUAUGUGAGGUUGAGGCACCUGUGCACCAACACCUGGAUCCAGAGCACCAGCGUUCCCAUCGACAUCGACGAGGAGAGGCCCAUCCGACUGAUGCUGGGGACCUGUCCCACAAAGGAGGACAAGGAGGCGUUUGCCAUCGUCUCUGUGCCCGUCGCCGAGAUCUGGGACCUGGACUUUGCCAACGAUGCUAGCCUCAUGCUAGCCACAGUCGUGGAUAAGCUGAGCGAAGGGUUCAUCAACCACAACGACAGGAGGUUUGCCAUCAAGCUGCUGGAGGACCUGGUGUUCUUCGUGGUGGACACGGCCAACACCGGGCAGGUCGUGAUGGACGUGACCAUGACCAAGGCCAACCGGGAGAGGCAGAAACUCAUGAGGGAGCAGAAUAUCCUGAAGCAGAUCUUCGGGAUCAUCAAGACCCCCUUCAUGGACAAAGGGACAGAGGGACCCAUGCUGCGGCUGGAGGAGCUGUCUGACCAGAAGAAUGCCCCGUACCAGUACAUGUUCCGGCUGUGCUACCGUGUGCUGCGCCACUCCCAGGAGGACUACCGCAAGAACCAGGAGCACAUAGCCAAGCAGUUCGGGGUGAUGCAGUCCCAGAUCGGCUACGACAUCCUGGCUGAGGACACCAUCACCGCGCUGCUCCACAACAACCGCAAGCUGCUGGAGAAACACAUCACCAAGAAAGAGGUGGAGACCUUCGUCAGCCUCGUCCGCAGGAACCGAGAGCCCAGAUUCCUUGACUACCUGUCAGACCUGUGUGUGUCCAAUCACGUGGCCAUCCCGGUCACUCAGGAGCUCAUUUGUAAGUGUGUGCUGGACCCCAAGAACCAGGACAUCCUCAUCAGAACUGAGCGUCGGACAGCGAAGGAGCUUCUGCACCCUUCGGGGUAUGGCAUGGAGGACGAUGUGGACGAGGACGAGGUGUGGCUGGUCUGGAUGGACAAGACCAACGAGAAGCAGGAGAAGGGCCUCCGGCAGCUGGCCCUGGAGGCGAGGCAGGGGAACAACCACGAUGAGAACGUGCUCACUUACUAUCGUUACCAGCUGAAGCUGUACGCCCGCAUGUGCCUGGACCGCCAGUACCUGGCCAUCGAUGACAUCUCUAAGCAGCUGGACGUGGAGCUCAUCUUCCUGUGCAUGGCGGACGAGAUGCUGCCCUACGACCUGCGCGCCUCCUUCUGCCACCUCAUGCUGCACACCCACGUGGACCGAGACCCCCAGGAGCUCGUCACCUCCGUCAGGUUCGCACGGCUGUGGACUGAGAUCCCCACCAGCAUCACCAUCAAAGACUACGACUCCAACAUGAACGACUCACGGGACAACAAGAAGAAUACAUUCUCCAGCACCAUGGGCUUCGUGGAGGAAUACCUCAACAAUGUGCUCAACGACGACUUCCCCUUCGCCAACGAGGAGAAGAACAAACUCACCUACGAGGUCGUCAGUCUGGCUCGACACCUCAUCUACUUUGGCUUCUACAGCUUCUAUGAGCUCCUGCGCCUAACCCGGACACUGCUGGGGAUCAUAGACUGCGUGCCCAACCCCAUGAUGAUGCAGAACAUGUUCCCGGAGGACCUCAGUGGGAAGAACAUGAAGCGGUCGAUCCAUGGGAUGGGACAGAUGAUGUCCACCAUGGUCCUGAACCGGAAGCAGUCCCUGUUCCACCCAUCGAGCCAGACCAGCGUCGGCACAGACCUGCAAGGCAAGCCCAAAGACAGCAUCGACAAGCAGGACGUCACCGUGAUGGACACCAAGAUCAAGAUACUGGAGAUCAUGCAGUUCAUUCUCAAUGUCCGGCUGGACUACCGCAUCUCCUUCCUGCUCUCCGUCUUCAAGAAGGAGUUUCUGGAGGUGUACCCCAUGGGAGACGCCGACGCCACGGCUUCCAUUGAGGAGGCGGCAACGAUUAACCUGCUUCGCAUUGGAGAACAAGCUGAGGCCAUGUUUGGAGUUGGGAAGGGCAACAGCAUCUUGGAGGUGGAUGACGAGGGGGGCCGCAUGUUUCUGAGGGUCCUGAUCCACCUGACGAUGCACGACUACCCCCCGCUUGUCUCGGGGGCCCUGCAGCUCCUCUUCAAGCACUUCAGCCAGAGGAACGAGGUGCUGCACACCUUCAAACAGGUCCAGCUGCUGAUCUCUACUCAGGAUGUGGAUAACUACAAGCUGAUCAAGUCGGACCUGGACCGGCUGCGCACCAUGGUAGAGAAGUCUGAGCUGUGGGUGGAGAAGAAGAGCAGCGGAGGAGAUGGCAAGAAGAACAAGAAGGACAAGAAAGAGGAGAAGAAGGAGGAGAAGGAGGAGAAGCCUCCUGCAGAAGACGAGGCCAAGAAGAAGGCAAAAGCUGAAAAGAGCAGUGAGAGUUACAAGAUUGUCAAAGAGAUUCUGGAGCAGCUGAAUAAGAUGUGCGGGACAGGGGUGUGGAAGAAGCAGCAGCGCCUGCUGAAGAACAUGGGGGCCCACAAGGUCAUGCUGGACCUGCUGCAGAUCCCCUACGACAAGACUGAUGUGAAGAUGCUGGAGAUCAUCAAACACACCCACCACUUCCUCCAGAAGUUCUGCCAAGGAAACCAAGAAAACCAGGCUCUGCUCCACAAGCACCUCAAUCUCUUCCUCAACCCAGGGCUCCUGGAGGCAGCGACGGUGCAGCACAUCUUCAUGAACAACUACCAGCUGUGCACGGAGAUCAGCGAGACCGUGCUGCACCACUUCAUCCACUGCCUGGCCACACACGGGCGCCAUGUGCAGUACCUCGAGUUCCUGCACACCAUCAUCAAGGCAGAGGGCAAGUACGUCAAGAAGUGCCAGGACAUGACCAUGACAGAGCUGACGAACGCAGGGGAGGAUGUGGUUGUCUUCUACAAUGACAAGGCCUCGUUCGCCGUCAUGCUGGAGUUGAUGGCGGCGGCGCGGGAGGGGGUGGAGGAGCACAGCCCCCUCAGGUACCACAUCUCCCUGGUGGAGCUGCUGGCUGCCUGUGCCGAGGGCAAGAACGUCUACACCGAGAUCAAGUGCACCUCGCUGCUGCCCCUGGAGGAUGUGGUGCGCGUGGUCACGCACGAGGACUGUAUCACAGAGGUGAAGAUCGCCUACGUGAACUUUGUGAAUCACUGCUACGUGGACACAGAGGUGGAGAUGAAGGAGAUCUACACCAGCAAUCACAUCUGGAAGCUCUUCGAUAACUUCACUGUGGACAUGGCUAGGAUGUGCAACAAGCGAGAGAAGCGUUUCUCAGACCCCAUCCUGGAGAAGUACGUGAUCAACGUGGUCCUGGACACCAUCAACGCCUUCUUCAGCUCCCCCUUCUCUGAGAACAGCGCCUCACUGCAGAGCCAUCACACCCUCGUGGUCCAGCUGCUCCUCUCCACCAUCCGCCUUCUCGACUGCCCCUGGCUUCAGCAGCAGCACAAGGGACUGGUGGAGGCAUGUGUUAGGACCCUGGCACUGACAGCUAAGAGCCGCUCCAUCAUCCUGCCCAUGGACCUGGACGGUCAGAUCAGCACCCUGUUGAACAACAGUGUCCUGGGAUCCCUGUCGAAGAACAACCCCAACUAUAAGAGUGCUGCUCGCUGCACUCGCACUGCAGCCCAGAACCCCUGGGACUACAAGAACAUCAUCGAGAAGCUGCAGGACGUCAUCAACACGUUGGAGGAUCGCCUCAGGCCCCUGGUGGAGACGGAGCUGUCCGUGCUGGUGGACGUGCUGCACAAACCCGAGCUGCUCUUCAUGGAGGGGACCGAUGCCCGGAUCCGCUGUGAGACCGGCGGCUUCAUCUUCAAGCUCAUUCAGCACACCAAGAGCCUGAUGUCCUCCGAUGAGAAGCUGUGUAUCAAGGUGCUGCGGACGUUGCAGGAGAUGCUGGUCAAGAAGCACGACUUCGAUGAGAAGGCAAUUUCUUUGAGGACAGUCCUUCUUAACAACUAUCUGUACAACAAGAAGCCCAACGGCAAGGGGGAGCUGCCUGAGGGAAGUAUUGCAGGUGCCGAUCUGGAGAAAGACUGGGCGACCAUCGCUGCCAUCCAGUGCCGCCUGGACAGGGAGGGGGCCACCAAGCUAGUGACCGAUCUCAUCACAAGCUCCAAGAACAACAAGAUCUUCCAGGAGAGCAUUCAGCUGGCCAUCUGUCUGCUGGAGGGAGGCAACACCGAGAUACAGAACUCGUUCUACAAGCUGAUGAUGGGCUCCGACAAGUCUGAGAAGUUCUUCAAGGUGCUAUAUGACCACAUGAAGAACGCGCAUCACGAGGUCAAGUCCACGGUGUCGGUGAAUGUGAGCGAGCUGGGGAACAAGGUCAAGGAGGACAAAGAGCUGGAAGCUGGUAUCGACGGCGGGCCGGCCCAGUUCCUGGUCCCCGGGGCCCCCUCUCAAUAUCCCCCCGCCCAAGCGGCUGAGCCGGAGCAGGGAGAGGGAGAGGCGGAGGCAGAGAUGGGCCCGGGUAUCCUGAUCAUGAAACCCAUCCUGCGCUUCCUGCAACUGCUCUGUGAGAAUCACAACCAUGACCUGCAGAACUUCCUGCGCUGCCAGAACAACAAGACCAACUACAACCUGGUGUGCGAGACGCUGCAGUUCCUGGAUAUCAUGUGCGGGAGCACCACGGGGGGGCUGGGCCUGCUGGGACUGUACAUCAACGAGAACAACGUGGGGCUCAUCAUCCAGACCCUGGAGACCCUCACAGAGUACUGCCAGGGACCCUGCCAGGAGAACCAGACCUCCAUUGUGGCUCACGAGUGCAACGGCAUUGACAUCAUCACAGCCCUCAUCCUCAAUGACAUCAGCCCCCUGUGUCACUAUCACAUGGAGCUGGUGCUGCAACUGAAGGACAACGCCUCUAAGCUGCUGCUGGCUCUGAUGGAGAGCCGCCACGACAGCGAGAACGCAGAGAGGAUCCUCAUCAACCUCCGGCCACAGGAGCUGGUGGAUGUGAUAAAAAAGGCAUACCGGCAGGAGGAGGAGUGUGAGGACUCGGAGGUGUCACCUAAAGAGGUCGGCCACAACAUCUACAUCCUGGCCGUACAGUUGUCUCGACACAACAAGCAGCUCCACCAGCUUCUGAAGCCACAGAAACGAACCAAGGAGGGAGAGGAGGGCAUCUCAUCCAUGCUGACCCUCAAUAACAGUCAGCUGACUCAGAUCUUGAAGUCCAGUGUGCCAGUGGUGGCGGAGGAAGAAGAUCCGUUGCAGUACUAUGAGAAGCACACUUCGCAGAUUGAGAUCGUGCGUGAUGACCGCAGCAUGGAGCAGAUUGUGUUCCCAGUGCAUCCCGUCUGUGAGUACCUGACGGAGGAGUCAAAGCACCGUGUCUUCACCACCACGGAGCAGGACGAGCAGGGCAGCAAGGUGAGCGACUUCUUCCAGCAGUCCUGCUUCCUGCACAACGAGAUGGAGUGGCAGAGGAAGCUGCGCAGCAUGCCGGUGCUCUUCUGGUUCUCCCGGAGGAUGCCGCUGUGGGGGAGCAUCUCCUUCAACCUGGCCGUCUUCAUCAACCUCAUCAUCGCCUUCUUCUAUCCUCACAGCGACUCCAGACCCAUGGUGGUGGAUCCCUCGAUACUCUCGAUAGUCUUCUGGGUCAUGGCCUGCCUGUCUGUGAUGGCUCUCUUUUCCCAGCGUCAGGGGCUUCGACCUCUCUCUGUGGCCCUCAUCCUGCGCUCCAUCAUACACUUCGGAAUAGGACCUACACUCAUUCUUCUGGGAACUUUCAAUCUCAUUAAUAAGAUCGUGUUUCUGGUGAGCUUCGUGGGGAAUCUUGGCACCUUCAUCCGAGGCUACAAAGCCAUGGUCAUGGACGUGGAGUUUUUGUACCACGUGGCGUACGUGGUGACCAGCAUGCUGGGGCUCUGCGUCCACGAGCUCUUCUACAGCAUCCUGCUGUUUGACCUGAUCUACCGGGAGGAUACUCUGUUCAACGUGAUCAAGAGCGUGACGCGGAACGGGCGCUCAAUUCUGCUCACCGCCCUGCUGGCCCUCAUCCUGGUUUACCUCUUCUCCAUCGUGGGCUUCCUCUGCCUCAAGGAUGACUUCAUCAUGGAGGUUGAUCGUCUGCCCCAGCUCAAAAGCACCGCCAUGUUCACCGGACAGGGGGAGGCGAUGAAGGACUUUGUCAGCUCUUGUAGCAGUGAUGGGGUCAGCUGUGCUGCUGACGAUAAUGUCCCUGCAGCCACUGAUGGAGGGGAGGAGGAGGAGGAGGACAGGGAGCGUGCCUGUGACACCCUGCUGAUGUGCAUCGUCACGGUCAUGAACCACGGCCUCCGGAACGGAGGGGGGGUGGGAGACGUGCUCCGCAAGCCAUCCAAAGACGAGUCCUUGUUCCCGGCUCGUGUGGUCUAUGACCUGCUGUUCUAUUUCAUUGUCAUCAUCAUCGUCCUGAACCUCAUUUUCGGGGUGAUCAUCGACACCUUCGCCGAUCUCAGGAGCGAGAAGCAGAGGAAGGAAGAGGUCCUGAAGACCACCUGCUUCAUUUGCGGGCUUGAACGAGACAAGUUUGACAACAAGACGGUUUCCUUUGAAGAGCAUGUGAAGAUGGAACACAACAUCUGGAACUACCUUUAUUUCAUCGUGCUGGUCCGGGAGAAGAACAGGACUGACUACACCGGGCCUGAGAGCUACGUGGCUCUGAUGAUUAAGAAUAAGAACCUGGAUUGGUUCCCGCGCAUGCAGGCCAUGUCCCUGGUGGUGAACGACACGGAAGGGGAGCAGAACGAGCUGAGGAACCUGCAGGAGAAGCUGGGCUCCACCAUGAAGCUGGUGUCCAACCUGACCGGCCAGCUGUUGGAGCUCAAGGAGCAGAUGACGGAGCAGAGGAAGCGACGGCAGCGAAUGGGCUUCGUGGACGUCCAGAACAACAACACUGCCGCCACCGCCGGGGGAGGGGGUGGAAACAACCAGAUUGUCAAGUCCUAACCACCGCCCUGCGGCUCUCGAGCGGCAGACACUCGCACUGUUUACAACACCGGGCAGCAGCUCAGUUAAAGCUGGGCAGGACCGCGCAAUCACGUGACUUUGUACGGCUAGUGGAGUGGGGGCUGGAGACCCUGGGCACUGCUGAUCAAGCCCUGUCCACUGUUGGUUUGACUUGUAAGCUGUUGUUGUGUUGACAGUUCAAUCAACCAACAGGACCAGGAGGUAUUAAGGGACCCCACAUUUUCAAUAUUUUGCACAAGACUGUUUAACCAAGUUGCCCAGGAUAACAAUACAUUCCCAAAGCGUUUGCUACCCCCAGAAGAUGAAUCACACAGAAAGGAAGCCUAGUCUGCUGGACAUUGUGCUGCCAAAUGCAAACUUCAAAGCCUUGUUAAUUGUUACAGUUAAAAAUGUAAAUGCAAACUCUUAAAGGGGGGGGGGGGGGGGGUUUAUUAUGCCGUAACCUUCCAUUCCUUUUAUUUAUUUUUUUUGCUGUCUUUGCACAGUCCUGAUUGAUCUUUCUUUACGGUAACGUUAGAAACUUAGCUGCUAAACCAAACUGUGCCGGCUGCAGUCUUUAAUGACCAUUUGAUCUUAUUGUAAUACUAUAAAUAUAUUUACACCCGUUGUAAAGGAAUCUACCACAGAGCAGGGUGAUGAGUUGCAGGGUGGCAGUAUUUACAUCUACUGCUGUUUUAGAUCAUGAAAAUAAACCUGAAGAGGUGUACCCUUUCUACAUGCAGCAUGGCUGGGGAUCGCUCUCCGACACGAUCCCUCAGCGGGGGAACAGUUAAGAAGGCAAUGCCCUCUCUUUAUUACUGUGUCAGACAUUUGCAGCUCUAUAUGUGUGCUCAGCAGUAGUUGGGUAGAAUAGGUGUAAGCGUUAUAUACACACACACACACACACACACACACACACACUCACACACACACAGAGACAGACAGACCGAGGCAGGCAUCCAUUCUACCACGCAGUAAUCUGAGCCAAGUGCGUUUUUUAUAUAGAAAUGUGACAUUUUUGUUUAUAAGAUGUAUUAAAUCAGAAUGUAUAAGGGAUGAAUUUGAUUUUGUUUGUUUAUUUUUUUCUUGAAUAAUGGAAUAUAAAUAGAGGUGGAAUCUAAAAGAGGUGGGGGGGGGGGGGGGGGGGUCAUGUUAAAAUAGCUGCUGCCCCCAACCUGUUGGAGGUGUAAUUGCACCUACUGGGUGUAUUGUACUCCAUGUAGGCAGUAAACUGCACCAGUUAAACAAACAUGUCAAAUGUUAUAUAAAUGUAAAGGAGGCAGCGUAUACUGUGUGAAAUACAUCAUGUAUUUUAAUCAGUAAAGGAUAAAGGAUAAUAGGAGAUCUAUACAGUAUGCCUGUUCCGUAACAUGGAAACGAAACUUUAAUAAACAAUUUAAAUGCAAUAAAUGAGUUGGUUUUAAAUAA